UAACGUCAGCGCCGUGGGGGCUGGCGGGCGGGUGUCGAGGGGCAAAUGCCGGCGGCGGCCCCGCUCGGCCUGACGCGGAAGGGGGCGGGCGCGGCCGCCGAUUUCUGCGUGGCGAUCUGAGACCUCGUGUGGAGGCCGGCGGCAGCGGGGAUGGAGCGCGGCGGUGACCCGCGAGGGACCGGCUGCUGAGCGAGGGCCUCUGCCUGCGUUUGGAUCUGUGUUCUUAAGUGAGCUGGGCUGUGUGGCUGGAGUGAACAUUCAAUAAUGAGUGGUGCAGCUUUGGGCAUUGAGAUAGUAUUUGUCUUUUUUCUGGCCUUAUUCCUACUUCAUCGGUAUGGAGACUUCAAGAAACAGCAUAGGCUGGUGAUUGUAGCAACAUUAUUGGCUUGGUAUCUCUGCUUUCUUAUUGUAUUUAUACUGCCUCUGGAUGUCAGUACGACUAUUUACAAUCGGUGCAAACUUGCUGUUAACUCCAGCCCUGCAGAAAGUAAUGGCUCUGAUGGUACUCUUGUUCCAAGCAAGCAAAAAUGUUUCAAACCAUGGAGUUAUAUUCCUGAUGGAAUUAUGCCAAUUUUCUGGCGUGUUGUGUAUUGGACAUCGCAGUUUUUAACAUGGAUUCUGCUACCUUUCAUGCAAUCAUAUGCCAGAUCAGGAGGAUUCUCCAUUACUGGAAAAAUUAAAACUGCAUUGAUUGAGAACGCAAUUUAUUAUGGCACUUACUUGCUGAUUUUUGGAGCGUUUUUAAUAUAUGUGGCUGUAAACCCAAACUUCAAUUUACAAUGGAACCAACUUCAGACUAUUGGGAUAGCUGCUGCAAACACGUGGGGUCUCUUUCUUCUUGUGUUGCUUUUGGGUUAUGGAUUGGUGGAAAUUCCCCGUUCUCACUGGAAUGGAGCCAAGAGGGGUUAUCUACUCAUGAAGACCUAUUUCAAAGCUGCCAAACUAAUGACUGAAAAAGCAGAUGCAGAGGAGAAUUUAGAGGAUAUUAUGGAGGAAGUCCGUAAAGUAAGUGAGAGUAUCAAGUAUAACCACCCUUUGAGAAAAUGUGUUGAUACAAUACUGAAAAAGUGUCCUACUGAGUACCAGGAAAGAAUGGGUAGGAACAUGGACGAUUAUGAAGAUUUUGAUGAAAGACAGAACAAUUACCCAAGUGAAAAAAGUUUGGUCAAACUUCAUAAGCAGGUAAUCUAUUCAGUACAGAGACAUCGUCGUACACAGGUCCAGUGGCAAAUUCUUUUAGAACAAGCAUUUUAUCUAGAAGAUGUGGCAAAAAAUGAAACCAGUGCAACUCGACAGUUUGUUCAUACCUUUCAUUCCCAGGAACCAGAGAAUAAAAUUUUUCAGUAUUUCUACACACCAACUGUUGAGUGGUACUGGGAGUGUCUUCUACGACCAUGGUUUUACAGGGUGCUUGCAGUUGUUUUGGCCACGUUUUCUGUAAUUGUUGUGUGGUCAGAGUGCACAUUUUUCAGCACAAAACCAGUUUUAUCACUGUUUGCGGUUUUCAUUCAGCUGGCAGAAAAAACAUAUAAUUAUAUAUACAUAGAGAUGGCCUGUUUUCUUACGAUCUUUUUCCUAAGUAUUUGUGUUUACUCUACCGUCUUCAGGAUCCGUGUAUUUAACUAUUAUUACCUAGCUUCACAUCAUCAGACAGAUGCGUACAGUCUCCUUUUCAGUGGCAUGUUAUUUUGCCGUCUUACUCCACCAUUAUGCUUGAACUUUUUGGGCUUGACCCAUAUGGAUGCAACAAUCUCUCACAAAAAAACUCAGCCAACUGCUUAUACAUCUAUAAUGGGAUCCAUGAGGGUGCUGUCUUUUAUUGCAGAUGGUUUCUAUAUAUAUUACCCAAUGCUUGUUGUCAUUCUUUGUAUUGCCACAUACUUCAGUUUAGGAACUCGUUGUUUGAAUCUUUUGGGAUUCCAGCAGUUCAUGGGGGAUAGCGAAAUGACCUCUGAUUUGAUUGAUGAAGGAAAAGAGCUAAUCAGAAGAGAGAAAAGAAAACGACAAAGGCAGGAAGAAGGUGAAAACAGAAGAAGGGAGUGGAAGGAACGGUAUGGAAAUAGAGACGAUUCCACUAGAAACAGAGUUGUCCACACAGACCAAAAAGAAUCCAGCUUCUCAGAGGCCAAUACCCAUAGACCACUAUCAAAAUAUACCCGAUCAAAUGGCAGGACUGAAAGAGAUAGAAUAGAACUCCUUCAGGAUGCAGAACCUUUGGACUUUAAUGCAGAGUCGAUUAGUGAUGACCCUCUUGAAUCGGAUGCGGGAAGGUACCAGCCUGGUGGAAGAUACCUGUCAAUGUCUCGAAGCAAAAUUUUUGAUGAUGUCUAAACUCCUCAAAGCUAAAGAAAAUUCCUUGGAAAUCUAUUCGUACUUAUUGCUUAGAAAAUAUUGUAUUAAUGGUAUAUUGCUGAACUAGAAAGAACAUUUUUGUUUAGAAAAAGAAGAUGAAGGAACAACUAUUUUGGAAAUGCACUUGUAUGAUAACUAUACUGCUUAUGACAAGAAUAUGCUUCUUCUAUUGUAGAUAUUGUUGUGCAUCAGUGUGGGCUUUUGUGUCAUUACCAAAAAGAGAAGACUGUUAAUUGAGUUAAUAGAGGGUAAACUUAAUAAAUAUACCUUGAACUGUAGCACUGCAAGUUUUAGGAAGGUGAUUUUUAGAAGAAAUUUUUUUAUAUUUUAAGAGAGUUUGUGAGGGCAUCUUGAUGCACCCAAAGUGCAGUUAUAUCAAUUACUGUAGUAAAUACUUUAUAUAAUUUUUCUAUUUGAACUUAAUUCAUUUCAGUAGAUUUUGGGCUAGGCAUAAAGGCUUCUUUUGGCUUUAGUGGUCUUUGAAUCAGACUCCUUAUAAGCAGGAAGAUUGAAUUGUAGAAUCAUAGAAUAGUUUUUGUUGGAAGUGAUCUUCAAAGGUCACCUAGUCCAAGCCUUCUGCAAUGAGCAGGGACAUCUUCAGCUAGAUCAGGUUGCUCAGAGCCCCAUCCAGCCUGGCCUGGAAUGUCUCCAGGGGAUGGGGCAUCGACCACCUAUCUGGGCAACCUGUUCCAGUAUUUUACCACCCUCAUUGUAAAAAAUGUCUUCCUUGUGUCUGACCUAAUCUCCUUUAGUUUAAAACCAUUAACCCUUGUCCUUUUGCAACAGGCUCUUGAGCUUGCCUGGGUCCCUCUGGGCCUUCGGGUAUGUCAACUGCACCACUCAGCUUGGUGUCAUCAAAUUUUGCUGAAGGUGCACUUGAUCUCAGUGUCUGUGUCAUUGAUGAAGAUACUAAACAGUACUGGUCCCAUACAGAACCCUGAGGGACACCGCUUGUCACCGGUGUCCAUCCACAUAUUGAGCCCUUGACCACUACUCCCUGGAUGCCACCAUCCAGCCAAUUCCUCAGACGCCAAACAGUCCACCUAUCAAAUCCAUAUCUCUCCAAAUUAGAGAGAAAGUUUUUGUGGGGGACAGUGUCAAAGGCUUUACAGAAGUCCAGGUAGACAACAUCAGUAGCCCUUCUUUUGUUGUCCGAUGUAGUCACGUUGGCCACUAGGUGGGUCAGGCAGGACUUGUCCUUGGUGAAGCUGUUCUGACUGUCUCGAAUCACCUCCCUGUCCUCCACACGCCUUAGCAUAGCUUUUAGGGGGAUGUGUUCCAUGAUCUUCCCAGGCACAGAGGUGAGGUUGACAUGUCAGUAGUUUUCAGGGUCCUCCUUUCUACUCUUUUUCAAAACAGGUGCAAUGUUGCCCUUUUUCCAGUCUCCAGGGACUUCACCUGUCUGCCAUGACUUCUCAAAAAUCAUGACAGGCUGCUCUUCCUGGAAUUUGGUGGCAUAAAUUUUGGAGCAAGAUGUAUCGGUCAAGAAAGGCUAUAUUUUUUUCUUUUCUAACUGUAUAUGCAGAUAAAUGAUUGUAGCAUGUUUAAAUGGUUGAAAUUGAUUAUGGACCUGAGUUUCACUGUCAUAUGAGUGAGUCUAUGUGCAAUAGCAAGAAUACAUUAUUGAUUAUAUGAUAGCUGCUUAAGAUUUUUACACUUGUAAUGUUUGAAAAUCUUGGCACACUAAUGGUUUUUUAAAUGUAAAAGAAAUAUAAUGUGAAAAUUGAGUUAGAUGCUGAAACAUUAUAAUUUGCACACACCUCAGGCACAGCUUCAAAUUGUAGACUCUUUCAUAAAAGAAGGGAAAUACAUAGCAUGAGUAGAUAAUGGUAAACACUUUUGAUGUUCCAAAUGCCCAGGUUGCAUUAUGUAUCUGUUUUUAAGAUGCCUGUAUUUUGCAGCAAGUUCUUGCAAAAAGAAUAAUGCUUAUUCAAUUGAAUGCCAUCAAAAAUGCCAAUUAUAACAGUGUAAAAAAGCUUCACAUUAAUUUCACUGAUGUAGAUAAAUUUUUAAACUGUAGUUAGUCGCAGGAAUUUUCAAGUGUAAUCAUAAGGUAAAAGAUGUGGUCAAAUUCUUUUUAUCGUUGAAAAAUUAAUUUAAAACAUGGCUUGAUUGCAGUUUGUCUUGUCUUUACCACUUCAACAUUUUAUUAUGUGCUGUUGCAAAGUUAUGUUGAAAACUGAAAGAGAACAUCUUUCUGUCUUAAUUUUUUUAUCAUGCUUAAAAAACAGAUAUUCCUUGAAGCAGCUGGGUAUUAGUUAUUCUUAAAGUAUGUUUUCAUUAAUGAGGUGUUCUACUAAUUUUUAAAAAUAGUCUUUGUUUUCUGAAGUAAUUGUUGAUGGGGAUCUAACUACCUCCUGUGAUUUAGUACAUUAUGUAUUCUAACAGUAGUGGUAUUUGUAAUAUAUUGAUCUGCCUGUUUUAAAACACUGAAUUGUUACUAUGAAGGAGAAAAAAUACUCUAUUUGUAUAGAAAUAAAUAUAUUAAUAAAUCAGAAGACAUAAAAUAAUCAUCAGUUCUGUUCUUAGGUGAAUACACUGAAUGACAGCCAUGCUGGCAUGCAUUCACGCUCAAGCAAUUUCCAGAUCACCUGUAAGAGGGCACUUUUAUAAUACAUAUAAUAAACUAAAAAAGCUUGAUCAAAAUCUUAUGGCUGUAUCAGGGACUGGAAGUCAAGAAAAUGAAACUCUUUUUGUUCAGUUUGUUCUUUAGCAACUUUAUGUUAGCACUUAUUAAAUUUAUUUUAGAUGUACUUAGAAAUGCUAUCCUGAAUUCAGCCUUUUAUAAGUCCUAAGAAAUCCAUCUACAUCAGUGCUCUUAGACUUAAUAUUUCCUUUUUAAAAAAUUAUAUCUCAUUUAAUUGCCCAAAGUUUUAUUUGUGAAAAUCUUUGGAUGAAAUGAGGCUCAAGUUCUUUAGGUCUUGAAAUGUCAUUACAAAGGGGUCUAAUUCAGUGGUAAUGAAAAAAUUAUAGAAGGAGUGUUUGAUUUUUCUGAAUGCUUGUGAAGUAUCUUUACCUGGCUCUUGCUGACUUCAGACAGUUGAACUGAGUUUUCUUGGGGCCUGCUCUUUGCCUCUCAGAAAUGAGUGGAAUGACUGCAAACAUAAUUUUCAGUGGAAACUUGGUCAGGAUUUCAUAUACAAAAGCUAACUAGUCCCUGGUGCAAGUCCUUUGUGCAGUUUUCCUUGGGAUACAAUAAUUAAAGGAGCUGACUGUAUAAAUUAAUGGCAGUGGGAUUUCAGUUGCUAACAUAGAAAUUGAGGUGGGAAUCCACUGACCUUUUUUGAUGUUGCAGUGGAGUGAUGGAGCAACCAAUGGCUGCUCUUUGAAAGCAUGGGAAUUAGAGCUCUGAAAAUCUCUCAAGAGGUCAUGGAAUCACAGAAUCAUAGAAAAGUUUGGGUUGGAAGGGACCUUUAGAUGUCCCUGCAAUGAGCAGGAACAUCUUUAACUAGAUCAGAUUGCUCAGAGCCCCAUCCAGCCUGGCCUUGAAUGUCUCCAGGGAUGGGGCAUCGACCACCUCUCUGGGCAACCUGUGCCAGUGUCUCAACACCAUCACAGUAAAAAGUUUCUUCCUUAUAUCUAGGCUGAAUCUCCCUUCUAUCAGUUUAAAAUCAUUACUUCCUGUCCUGUCACAACAGGCCCUCCAAAAAGUCUGUCCCCAUCUUUCUUAUAAGAUGUCUGUCCCCAUCUUUUAAAUACUGAAAGGCCACAAUAAUGUCUCCCUGGAGCCUUCUCUUCUCCAUGCUGAACAACCCCAACUCUCUCAGCCUGUCCUCACAGCAGAGCUGUUCCAGCCUCUGAUCAUUUUUGUGGCUCCUCUGGCCCCCUCCAACCGGUCCAUGUCUUUCCUGUGCUGAGGGUGCCAGAGCUGGACACAGGACUCCCUUGGGGUCUCACCAUAGCAGAGCAGAGGGGCAGAAUCACCUCCUCUGACCUAAUGGCCACACUGCUUUUGAUGCAGCUCAAGAUAUGAUUGGCUUUCUGGGCUGCAAGUGCACAUUGCUGGUUCAUGUCCAAUCUUUCAUCCACCAGCACCCCCAAGUCCUCGCCAGGGCUGCUCUCAAUCCCUUCAUCCCACAGCCUGGAUUGAUAUUGGUGGUUGACUUGACCCAGGUGCAGGGCCUUGCACUUGGCCUUGUUGAACCUCAGGAGGUUCACAUGGACCCACUUCACAAGCUUGUCCAGGUCCUUCUGGAUGGCAUCCUGUCCCUCGGGAGUGUCAAGUGCAUCACUCAGCGUGGUGUCAUCUGCAAAUUUGCUGAAGGUGCACUUGAUCCUAGUGUUUGUGUCAUUGAUGGAGAUACUAAACAGUGCUGAUCCCAAUACAGAGCCCUGAGGGACACCAUUUGUCACCAGUGUCUUCUGUGAUACUGAGACCUUGAUCACUGCCCUCUAGAUGCCGCCAUCCAGCCAAUUCUUCAUACACUAAACAGUCUACCCAUCAAAUCCAUAUGUUCAAUUUAAAGAGAAGAAUGUUGUGGGGGACAGUGUUAAAGGCUUUACAGAAAUCCAGGUAGAUGACAUUCAUAGCCCUCCACUUGUCCACUGAUGUAGUCACUCUAUCACAGAAGGCCACUAGGUUGGUCAGACAAGACUUGCCUUUUGUGAAGCUGUGUGGACUGUCUCAAAUCACCUCCCUGUUCUUCAUGUGCCUUAGUAUAGCUUCCAGGAGGAUCUGCUUCGUCAUCUUCCCAGGUGUCUCCCAACAGGGGAGAGAAUCAAAAGGGAAGGGAGAAACUUGGAUUGAGAUAAACAGUUUAAUAAAAUAACGAAAUACUAAUACACUAGUGGUACAUAUGUAUAUAUAUAAAAUAGAAAUAAAAGGUACUCAAGGCAAUUCCUUAUGAACUCUGUGCACAACUGAGCAGCCAGUGCCAGCAAGCCACACCUGGUCCAAACAGCCGAUCCCAGAGAGAAAAAAAAGAGAGGAAAAAGGCAGAGAAACCAAGAGGCCUCUGCUGGUUGCAAAAGGCCGAGCUCAACAUCCUGACUGAAACUCCCCCAGCUCGUUAGCAAGAGCAAGAGAUAGCGAAAGAAGCAAAACCAGAAGAUCCCGACUCCUAGCUUCCCCUUAAAUAAUUAGCAUGACAUUAAUGGGAUGGAAUACUCUCAUUGAUCAGCCUGGGUGUCUGUCAAGCUCUGCGCCAUCCAUGCCCACCUUCCUCAAUGCCUCACGCCUGUGGGCAGAGUGCUCAGAAUGUCCUUGGCUCUCAGACCAGAGCAAUUAAAAACAUUAACUCUGUGCUGGGGUUUUAUCACUUGUUCUCAAACUAAGUGCUAGCUAUGAAAAAGAGAGGUUACUAACUGCAUGAAGAAAAUUAACCCAUUUUCAGUCAAACCAGCAUACCAGGCACAGAGGUGAGGUUGACAGGUCAGUAGUUCCCAGGGUCCUCCUUUCUACUCUUUUUCAAAAUAGGUGUGAUGUUUCCUUUUUUCCAGUCUCCAGAAACUUCACCUGACUGCCGUGACUUCUCAAAUCUCGCAACUACGUCAGCCAGUUCCCUCAGGACUCUGAGAUGCAUCUCAUCAGGUCCCAUAGACUUACCUAUGUUCAGGUUCUUCAUGUGAUCGUGAACCUGAUCUUCUCUUAUAGUUGGAGGUACUUUGCUCCCCCUAUCCCUGUGUUUUAUUUCAUCCACUCAAGAGGUGUGGGAAGAGAGGCUGCCAGUGAAGACUGAGGCAAAAAGGUUGUUGAAUAUCUCAGCCUUCUCCUUGUCUGUUGUUACCAGUUUGCCAGUCUUGCGCACCAGGGGAGUACACUUUCUUUGACCCUCCUUUUCUGGCUGACAUACCUGUACAAGCCCUUCUUGUUAUUCUUUGUGUCCCUCGCCAAGUUCAGCUCCAGCUGCGCCUUGGCCUUCCUGACCCCAUCUCUGCACAACUGGGCAGUGUCCCUGUGCUCUUCCCAGGACACCUGUCCCUGCUUCUGCUGCCUGUGCAUUUCCUUCUUGCUCUUUAGUUUGACCAGCAGGUCUUGAUUCAGUCAUGCCAGUCUCUUGCCUUUGUUUCCCAAUUUCUUACACCUGGGGAUCGAGAGCUCUUGCACUCUGUGGAAAGUGUCCUUAAAGAUCUGCCAGCUGUGUUCUGCUCCCUUGUCCCUGAGGGCAGUUUCCCAGGGGUUCUGACUGACUAACUCCCUGAAGAGCUAAAAGCUGGCUUUCCUAAAAUUCAUGGUUCUGACUUUACUCUUUGCCUGAGCCCCUUCCCUCCCAACAGCAAACUCCGGGAGUGCUGGAGUUCUCUGGAUUGCACCUGGAAAUCCCUGGUGUCACAUGCUCCCUGGAUGCUGGGUGUUUAAAUACAGGGUUGAUUACUGGAGUCAGGUUUCAUCCACAGUGGUCAUUGCUGACAAGCAGUUGCUCUAAUUAUGUGCAAUUUUUCCGCAAAUUAAUCUGAAGUGUGUUUUGAAAAGCAAUUGUGAGCUCAUGUGGCUAAAUCUGGAAGAUUUUCAAAAAAGAAAUAUAGAGUUACGAGUAUUAAAAAACAUCAUGGAAUUAAUGCCUGCACAACAUUUGCUGCGUACUUGAGCUAUAUUUAAACUAAUUUGUUUACUGCUUGUACAAAUAAUGCAGAAAUUGUUUGGGGGCUACAUGCCAAAGGAUUUACCCCACUUGAGAGAGGUGAUAGAUGCCCCAUCCCUGGAGACAUUCAAGGCCAGGCUGGAUGGGGUUCUGAGCAACCUGAUCUAGUUGAAGAUGUCCCUGCUCAUGGCAGAGAGGUUGGACUAGAUGAGCUUUGAAGGUCUCUUCCAACCCAAACUGUUCUGUGAUUCUAUGACAAUUCAUAGACAAAUUGCAGCAACUUUUUAUAAGUUCGUUGCCACUUUAGCUCUAGUUCUAACACUACCACAGCUAAAAAAAUUUAAAACUAGCUUUGAUAUGUUUAAGACAUUACUAACAUUACUAUACUGUAGGCUAAUCAUGUUCUUGCAUCACAUUUGAUGCUCCAGCUUAGGUGAUUUAAAAUAUAACUGCUUUGCAAACUGUGUUUUUGUGAACGGAAUUUUGGUUUAUUUAUUCUGUCAGUAUAUAGUCAUAUUCAUUUGCAGCUAAAAAAUGUCAAUUAUCUCUUUUUUUUUUUUUAGUUUCACUUUCUGAAUUACUGAGCAGUUAGGGUAUGCUGCCAUUUCAUCAUCAUUUCUGCAGUUUCCUUUUCAGCUGUGAACACCAGAAAAAACCCCAAAACACCAAAAAACCCACACAAGUUAAGUACAAAUGUUUAAGUAUCUUCAUGUCAAAGAUUUAAACCAGUGAAAAUAAUCCAUGCAAGUUGUAGUGAACUUUGAAAAGUGGGAGUGAAAACAGUAGCUACUUUCAUACAGUGUCAGGACUAGAUUUCUUUGAAAGUAUGAAUAGCAAAAAGCUCUAGUCAAACUUACUACUCCUACUAGAUAUGUAGUUCUGUUUUUUUCAGGCAGUUACAAAUAUACAAAUAUACAUAUCCUGAUAUCUAUAUUGGGAAAUGAGUCCUCUGCACUCUGCUUAGGAAAGGUGCAGCUCUCAGUGAUGAAGUGAGGGAUUUUUUUAAUGAGGGAAGGUAAAGGAUAUCCAACUUUUAGUAUGUGCUAAUAGUGACACUUUGGAGAAACUAUGGUAUAUUUUAUUAUUUAGGUACGAUAACAUGUUAAGAAACAACAAACUUUAUACUACUGUAACUUACACUGCUGGAUAAAAUCAUGAUGUAUAAUCUGCCUUUAUUUUGCAAUCAAACUUGCACUUGUAAAAUUGUCAUUGACAGUAUUAAUGGGGAUAGCCGAAAACUGUUGUCUUUUCAGUAUUUAUUCUUGCUACAACAACUAUGAUAAUAAUUUUUACAAAGUAUUAAAAAGUGAUUAGCCUGAUUUUCUGUGAUUAUGGUAAUUUGUCUUUUAUUGAAUUUACUGUGGAAUACUGUAAGUGCUAUGUGAAAAAUACAGUAUUUUGUUCUAGUUUUCAUUAUUGCUGUAAUUACUUGCAAUCUGAGGGGCAUUUACAAUACCAAAUAGAGAUCACUCUACGGAGGAAAACUUUUUAUGAGGUUUGUUAAAGAAAUGUGACCUAUUCAUAACAGACAAAUAAGUGCAUCUUGAUUAUUAACAAAAACACUACUUAGAGUAUGUAUUGUGUUCUAGGUUUUAAUUGCUCUUUAAAAUUCAGAAAAUGAUUACUUUUUCAGAGCAUUUGUGCAUCUUAUAAACUUUCUGAAACUUUUACGGUCUUUUUCUCUAGUGAGCUCUGCAGGAAUAUGUGCUGCUUCAUGGCAGUUCUCCAGUACUAGCUGUGCCUCUAAUUAAGUAGUCUGAUCUAAAGCUGAGACACUCCUACACCAUUGGAUUAUGUUAACAGAAACCCAGCAUCCCUAGUGUAAAAGCACCUUGAACUAGAUCCCUUUCUAAAACAUUACUUGCUGUCAUUGAUUAUGUUGCGUUAUAUUUGGUAUCUUCUGUUUCAGUCAUAUGGGAAGCCCCAUCAGGUUUAUUCUUUGUUUCUAUUAUAAUGCACUGGAAUGUAUUCCUCAGCAUGGUUUUGUGCAUGUGUGUUUUAGUUGUAAUUGGCAGGCAAUAAUAAGAUGCAACUUCAGUGAACUGUAAUAGUUGCAGACUGAUGGUUUAGCCAUCACGGUAGAAAUUAAUUAUUUUCUAUAGAAAUACCUUAUAUUUCUAUAGAGGUAUCUGGAUGAUAAGGGAAUGAAUUUGUAAGUAGAGGUGUAGUAAUAGAAGAUGUUAAUUUUCCAGUGUUUAUCAAGGAUAGGUUGUAGGAGUGCUGCUUAUGGAUAGACUAUCUUCUUUUGCCUUAUGAUGCAAGUAUGUAUGCAUAAUACUUUGUUUUGAAAUUCACUGAGUUAUAGAUUUUUCACUGUAGUGUUCUAAAUUAUUGUUGUACUGGAUAUAUUUUUGAAAUGUGUGUUAAAAUAUCUAGUGAAAGAGUUAAGUUGGCAUGAAAUAAAUAAUUUCUGCAAUACA